GUGGCUCAUGUUGCGCCUUGGAAACAAGCUUAUGGUAUGGAACAGGUUUGGUUGGGAGAAUUCGCGAACCUCUUCCAGUCCUACCGACCUCAUCAAUGGAGCUUAUUCCCCGUCCACUCAGCGCCCAUAGGAUUGUGGAAUCAGUUUGUCGAUUCGGCCAAGGUGCGCUUCAGUUGCUUGGAGUGCGGUCACGGUUGGACGUCCAUGAAAGGAAGAAUCGCAUACUGGUUCGUACAGGCAUCGAACGGGGAGGGAUUCAUCGCUUUUAAGCUGUACGGACAACAAUGUGAUAAGUGUAAAAGUGGUCGCUUCCAAUCCGCCAUGUGGUAUCCCGAGGAGGUGGUCAAGGUUCUUGUCAAUUUAUACAAUCGUGUGGGACAGGUCUACUACGGUUUUAUCGAGCCACCGAUCCAGAAAACCCGAAGGGCAGGCAAACCUCGCACCCCCCACAACGCCUCCCUGUGUCAAGCGUGCUAUGACGGCGUUUGUACUGAGCAGAAUCGACUGACUUGAAGUUCCGCGCUGUCCACGGAAACUCCGCGGAAUCACGCCUACGACUCGAAGGAGGCCGAAGUCGCAAAGUAUUCUCACAUCGAAGUAUGGCCAAGGGACGUAGAUAAUAAUGCGACACUUUUUGUUCUUAACACCAGCAGAACGAUUUUCAUGAAUGACAAGCGCACAUCACUCUAAUCGGUAGAAGAAAGCGGUGAGACCUAUUCGAUGGGUCCCUCCGAGAUGCACCACAUAUUCGGUCCGAUGGAUCAGGAUGUCCGAUUCCGCGCACGGAAUACAAUUGGUCUUUAGUUCGAUCGGCUCCACGGGCGAACAGGCCGAUGACUUCCCUCGAACGGUGGACCCAUUCGACAGAGUUCGCUACAUGGGCGAGCUUGCGGUGAGUCGUGCAUUCAGUCGGACCUCCAGACCAGAUUCAUGGAUCCGUAGGUGGAUUCGAGGCGAGGAUAUCCGAGGGAUAUCCGUGAUGUAAGCUCCAGAAUCAAUGUCCUCCUUCCUUUGAAAAAAAUCUAAUUUCAUUCGCCUGCGAAUGU